CUGGUCUUAAAGGGGACGCGGUCCGAGCGAAGGCUCACGGGGUGGCCCCUGCUCCGGCUCCGCCCCGUUUCCCGCACCUCGUCCCUCCCCGCCUCCCCCCGCUUCGUCCCGCAGUCCUGCAGCCGAGCCGCAGAAUCGGGAUCCUUGGGUUUAUACAGGGUUGUGCAGAGCAGGGUGGGAAGAUUGGACUUUGCAGUAGAAGCAGCAUCCCUGUAGUCUGGGACCUGGUGGAGAGCGACCCCACCCUGGGGGGGAACAGUGGACCCGCCCUGACCUAGCCUGGCCCAGCCUAGUUCUGCUGGGCCUGGGCGCCCCGCCCAGGAGCCGGCUCUGGAGUAGGGACCACUGAGGUCUGAGAGUGCUGGGGAUGGACCUAGGACUUGUGCGUGCCAGGCGAGUGCUCUGCCCAAGUCACAUCCUAAGACUAGUUUUAAAGUCACGUUAGAAGCCUGUCCAGAUCAUGCUCUGAACCGGAACUCUUGACAUACGUACAUGUUUGCUGCCCCCACCAGCCUGGAUGCCACUCAAGGGACUGCACUUGGCUUUUAAAGAAACAGGAAUGGACAUUUUCCGAGAGCUUCUGUGUGCCCAGCACCAUGCGAAAGGCUUCUAUUUGUCCUCACAGCUCUGCAAGCGUGGCCGCCAUGGACAAGAUCCUGGAGGCCGUGGUGACUUCGUCCUACCCUGCGAGCGUGAAGCAGGGGCUGGUGCGGCGCGUGCUGGAGGCAGCCCGGCAGCCGCUGGAGCGCGAGCAGUGCCUGGCGCUUCUGGCCCUGGGCGCGCGCCUCUACGUGGGAGGCGCGGACGAGCUGCCGCGACGCGUGGGCUGCCAGCUGUGAGCGCCCGGGGCCCGCCGCCUGCGCACAAGUGGCCCGGCUCCUGGCGCGGCAUCCGCGCUGUGUGCCCGACGGCCCGCACCGUCUGCUUUUCUGCCAGCAGCUGGUGCGUUGCCUCGGCCGCUUCCGCUGCCCCUCAGAGGGCGAGGAGGGCGCCGUGGAGUUCCUGGAGCAGGCCCAGCAGGUGAGCGGGCUCCUGGCGCAGCUGUGGCGCACGCAGCCCGCCGCCAUUCUGCCCUGUCUCAAGGAGCUCUUUGCAGUCAUCUCCUGCACAGAGGAGGAGCCCCCGUCCAGCGCCUUGGCCAGCGUGGUCCAGCACCUCCCAUUGGAACUCAUGGAUGGCGUGGUCCGGAAUCUCAGCAAUGAUGACAGUGUGACCGACUCCCAGAUGCUGACUGCCAUCAGCAGGAUGAUCGACUGGGUGUCCUGGCCGCUGGGGAAGAACAUUGACAAGUGGAUCAUUGCCCUGCUGAAGGGCCUGGCCGCCGUGAAGAAGUUCAGCAUCUUGAUUGAGGUUUCGCUGGCCAAAAUUGAGAAGGUCUUCUCCAAGCUGCUGUACCCCAUCGUCCGGGGAGCUGCCUUGUCUGUCCUCAAGUACAUGCUGCUGACUUUCCAGCAUUCCCACGAGGCCUUCCACCUGCUCCUCCCCCACAUCCCCCUCAUGGUGACCUCUCUGGUCAAGGAAGACUCGAACUCAGGGACCAGCUGCCUGGAGCAGUUGGCGGAGCUGGUCCACUGCAUGGUGUUCCGGUUCCCAGGCUUCCCAGACCUCUACGAGCCUGUCAUGGAGGCCAUCAAGGACCUCCACGUUCCCAAUGAGGACCGCAUCAAGCAGCUGCUGGGGCAGGAUGCCUGGACCUCACAGAAGAGUGAGCUGGCUGGCUUUUACCCUCGGCUCAUGGCCAAGUCAGACACGGGCAAGAUUGGUUUAAUCAAUUUGGGCAACACGUGCUACGUGAACAGCAUCCUGCAGGCUCUGUUCAUGGCUUCCGACUUUCGACACUGCGUGCUCCGUCUGACUGAGAACAACUCACAGCCCCUGAUGACCAAGCUGCAAUGGCUCUUUGCCUUCCUGGAGCACAGCCAGAGGCCGGCCAUCUCGCCGGAGAACUUCCUCUCUGCCUCCUGGACACCCUGGUUCAGCCCUGGCACCCAGCAGGACUGUUCAGAGUAUCUCAAGUACCUGCUGGAUCGGCUGCACGAAGAGGAGAAGACAGGCGCCAGGAUCUGCCAGAAGCUCAAGCAGUCCGGCCUGCCCUCUCCCCCUGAGGAGUCCCCCAGCCCGAGCUCCACCUCUGUGGAGAAGAUGUUCGGAGGCAAGAUUGUGACCCGGAUAUGCUGCCUCCACUGCCUCAACGUCUCGUCCCGCGAGGAGGCCUUCACCGACCUCUCCCUGGCCUUCCCUCCCCCCGAGCGCUGUCGCCGCCGCCGCCUGGGCUCCGUGAUGCUCCCUCCAGAGGACGUUGCGGCUCGGGAGCUUGCGUCUGUCCCCCGAGCCCCAGCUGCCGGCACGGUGGGUCCUCGGAGGCAGAGGAAACACUGCAUCACGGGGGACGCCCCCCCGACCCUGCUGGACAUCGAAGGCCGGGGGCCCUCUGGAGCGGGGGAGCAGAGUGGGCCGGAGGAGGAAGGGGAGGAGGCGGCGGCGGAGAGGGAGGAGGAGCGGGAGGAGAAGGUGGCGGAGGAGGAAGAGCUGGGCAAGGAGGAGGAGAAGGAGGAGGAGGGGACAAGGGAAAAGGACGAGGAGGAAGAAAAGGAAAAAGAGCACAAGGGGGCAGAGAAGGAGAAAAAGGAAGAAAAAGAAGAAAAGGAGGAGAAGGAGGAGGUGACGGAGAAGCAGGCGGAGGCAGAGAAGGACGACGGCAGCGCGGGCGCCGGGGUGCACAAGGACGCUGCCACGCCCUCCAGGGAGCAGCAGUGUGGCCCGGAGGGCUCCCGCUCCGUCCUGGACCUGGUCAACUACUUCCUGUCCCCCGAGAGGCUGACGGCGGAGAACCGCUACUACUGCGAGAGCUGCGCCUCCCUGCAGGACGCGGAGAAGGUGGUGGAGCUGAGCCAGGGCCCGCGCUACCUCAUCCUCACGCUGCUGCGCUUCUCCUUCGACCUGCGCACCAUGCGGCGCCGCAAGAUCCUGGACGAUGUCACCAUCCCCCUGCUGCUCCGCCUGCCGCUGGCGGGGGGCCGGGGUCAGGCCUACGACCUCUGCAGCGUCGUGGUGCACUCCGGCGUGUCCUCGGAGAGCGGCCACUACUACUGCUAUGCCCGCGAAGGCGCCGCCCGCCCUGCCCCUUCCCUGGCAACUGCAGACAGACCAGAGCCUGAAAACCAGUGGUACCUGUUCAAUGACACCCGGGUGUCCUUCUCCUCCUUCGAGUCUGUGAGCAACGUCACCUCCUUCUUCCCCAAAGAUACAGCCUACGUGCUCUUCUACCGCCAGCGGCCCGGGGAGGGCUCCAAGACCGAGCCGGGCUCUCCCAGAGUCCGCACGGAGCCCACCCUCCACAAGGACCUGAUGGAGGCCAUUUCCAAAGACAACAUCCUCUACCUGCAGGAGCAGGAGAAGGAGGCGCGGAGCAGGGCGGCCUAUAUCUCUGCACUCCCCGCAUCCCCGCACUGGGGCAGGGGCUUUGAUGAAGACAAAGAUGAGGAUGAAGGCUCUCCGGGGGGCUGCAACCCUGCAGGUGGCAAUGGUGGCGACUUCCACAGACUGGUCUUCUGAUGUGAGCCCUCCCCGGCCACCUCACAGACCUCGGCCCCUUUCUGCGGGGUGCCAGGUGGUGGGGGUACAGGCCCUGGGUGGAGCUGCUGUGUGGGGUGGGUCUGGGGGCGGUGGAGGCCGCCCAGGGCUGAAGGAGGCCCUUCACGGGGCAGGAAGGAUGGGCAGGGAGUUUCCCAGAUACGGGCGGUGAGACCCAGGCCCAGCCCCCUGAAAUCAGUCCCGUUGAGAUUCACACCCAAGUGUCCUGGCUGACUCGGAGCGCCUGCCCGGAACGGCGCUGGGCCUGCCCUGCGGCCUCUGCGGGCUCAGGACUUCCCUCCCGCAGCUCUUGCUGGACAGCAUAGAAAGCACAGUGGGACCCAGAGGAUGUCAGAGCCCGAGAGGAGAGGGGCUCCAGGCUGCUUCUGCUGGGCCACCCUCCCAUUUCCCCAAGGGGAUUUGGAUCAGGUGCCUGCAUUAACCGUACUUCGAGGUGCGCAGGUGGGAAGUGGGCGUGGCACAGGAUUAGCGGGGGAGGACCUCACCUGGCUCCUUGACCUGCCUCCCCCUCCCCCAAGGACCCCCACGGGGGGGAGGGGAGGAAGGCUCCCGCCCCACCCCUCUAGCCUGCCUCAGUGCCUGAAAUGCCACUACUUGCAUCCCCCUCUGGUAAAGGUAGAAAAUCUCUAUUUUAUUGCAAAGACGUUCAUUCAUCAGGAAGCCACCCUCUGUGUGAGGACGCUGGCUGGCUCGGCUCCUCUGACCGACUGGCCAAGAGACGGGGUGGGGUGGACUGUGACAUGCACACGUUGACCUCAUUGUCCUCUGCCACCGCUGUAGCCCCUUCUAAAUGGAGAGAGACCCAUGUUCUCCAACAGGAAUAAAACUCGUUCUCUGACGCCUGU